ACUCUCCAAGGCGUCGAUCUUUCAGGGAUUGUCACUUGCGUCCCUGGGGAGAGUUCCGUGAAUAGCAAUCCUGUUAUUCAUACGAUCGAGCGGUUGAAGCAGUUGGAUCUUGAAUCGGCUGGUACAUUCAACAGCGAUGAUGAUCUGAAUGAAAUUAUGGAAUUGUUGGGUAGGUUGAAUGAUUUGUGCGCUGAUGAAGGAUCGGGCAAUGUAGCCAUUGCUACUAAGAAUGGCGGAGUGCAACUUGUAUGCUCGAUUUUGUUGAAGCUUCCAGGUGGAUGCAAUCAGGGGGUGAUAUCUUCUUUCAGGACAUUGGCUAAGCUACUUCAUGAUCUUCAAAGCACAGAAAUAUUUAGGGAGAGUGGUGGAGCAAAAGCUGUUGUAGGUAUCCUUAAUGAUAAGAUCCAAGAUGUGAGCAUCUUGGAUAGUGGAUUUGCUGUCAUUGCGGCAGCUGCAACUGGUAAUGAGGUUCUCAAAGAUUUAUUUAUGGACUUGAAAAUCGAUGAAUUAAUCGUUCAGUGCCUGAGGGAACACACAAGUGGGGGCACUCCUUGUUUAUAUGAUGCCAUUCAAAUCCUGCUUACAUCUGAUGAUAAUCGUGUGAUAGCUUCACAAGUUUUUGGCUAUGCCCGAAGAUUUGCAAAGAUUGGAGUUGUUGAAGCGCUUGUGGGAUCUCUCAGUCAGGGGAUCAGGUCACCCAGUAUGUUGUCAGCAUGCAAUGCUUUGAAAUCGGUUGCUGUUAAUGAAGAAAUAUGCAGAGCUGUUGCUGACAAUGGUGGUAUAGAUGUAAUUCUUUCUUGUAUUGUUGAUAGUGGACAACAAGGAAAUCAAACCUUAGCUAGAACUUGUUGCUCUUUGUUAUGUAAGUUAGCAGGAAGUGAUGCAAACAAAUGUGCGAUAGUGGAGAAGAGAGGAAUGGAUAGGCUUAUUAGACUAUCAAUGCAGUUUUCUAAUGAUCCUUCUGUACUUCAAGAGAUAAUGUCUAUUUUUACCGUGCUAUGCUUGAGAUCCCCAGAGAAAGCAGCUCGUGCCAUUGAAGCUGGAGCAGGUGAUCUUGCCAUCCAAUCCAUGGAAAGGUUUCUUCAAUCGGAGCAACUACAACGAAAUGCUUGUUUCAUGAUCCGUAAUCUUGUGGCCAGAAAUCCUGAGAAUAGAGUGCUUUUGUUGGCAAAUGGUAUAGAGAAGCUGAUUAGGAAGGCCAAGUCAACCCACAAAAGCUGUAAAGCUGCAGCUACGGACGCACUUAGAGAUCUUGGGCUUGUGGACUACAACUCUUAGUCAUAUUAUAUAUAAGAAAUUGCCCUAAUUAGGAUUAAAAACGUACGGGAACCGUACAAUAGGAUGUUAUGUUUUUAUUCGCUAACUAUGAGUAAUUACUGUUAAACUAGGAAAAAAUUGGCAUCUUUUGCAGUAUAUUGCCAUGUUUGAAGCUCAGUAAUGUCAAAAUAUGAGAGUAAAUUUUCAUUAUGUUGGUAAAGUACUCCUAUUUAGAGAAGGAAACACAUCACUCCUAUUAUGGAAUUCCCAAUCGUUUUUACUCAGGAAUUUUCCCGUUUUUAUUGAAGAGGAAAAAAU